CGGUGUAGUCAGCUGAUCGCGGCCUGCUCGCAGUGCUCAGGCCGGGGGCUGGCUGGGUGUAUGGCGCCCCUGUCCCAGCUGGUAGCCUGGCUCUGUCAGUCCGGCGCCGCCCGCUCCUAUGGGCUCUUUUCCUCCGUGCUGAGCCGCACCCUGCUCUUCUUCUUCAAACUGGGCUGGAGGGUGAAGAUCCAGAUCCCAUACAUGUACCUCAUCGCCUCCAUGAUGUUAAAUAUCAGACUGCAGGUUCACAUAGAAAUUCACUAAGAUUUGGGAAGCUGUGUAAGUUAGUUGACGUUGAUGACCUUCCAUGCUUUGACUACAAUGGAUG